AUGGCUACACCUUCCGCCGUUCGCCUCCUGGCCAUCCGGCCGGUGAUUGUCGGCUUUGCAAAAUUGUUGAUGCUUGCUUUGGGCGGCCUUCCCCUUGUCUCUGCCGCUCCCGCGACCUAUAUUGCUUACUCCGAAGAGAGUCCGAAGGCUCCUAACGAUCCGGACUUAUGGCUGUAUCUCGGGGUUGCCGCCAUCCUCGUUUUGAGCGGCGGUGCAUUCGCUGGUCUAACCAUUGCAUUGAUGGGCCAGGAUGAAGUCUAUCUACAAGUCAUCAAAACCUCUGGCGAAGGCUCUGAACGAAAGAAUGCAGAAAGUGUGCUCAAACUGUUGAAGCGAGGAAAGCAUUGGGUACUGGUGACUCUUCUGCUCAGUAAUGUCAUCACAAAUGAAACCCUUCCCAUUGUCCUAGACCGGUCGUUAGGAGGAGGUUGGCCGGCUGUUCUUGGCAGUACAGUCUUGAUUGUCAUCUUCGGCGAAGUUGUCCCCCAGUCGAUAUGUGUUCGCUACGGUCUCCCGAUCGGUGCUUGGAUGGCUCCUUGCGUCCUGGCCCUCAUGUACAUUAUGGCUCCGGUCGCAUGGCCCAUAGCGAAACUUCUUGAUAGGUUGCUGGGCGAGGAUCAUGGAACGAUCUACAAAAAGGCUGGAUUAAAAACACUAGUGACGCUGCAUAAAACCUUGGGUGAAGCGGGCGAACAGCUCAACUCCGAUGAGGUUACAAUUAUUAGUGCCGUUCUGGAUUUGAAAGAUAAGCCAGUCGGUAGCAUUAUGACUCCAAUGGACGACGUUUUCACCAUGUCCGCAGAUACUGUUCUGGAUGAAGACACGAUGGAUUUGAUACUCUCCCAAGGAUAUUCCCGCAUCCCGAUUCACGCACCAGAUAACCCGACAAAUUUCGUGGGCAUGCUUCUAGUUAAGAUGUUAAUCACAUACGACCCCGAGGACUGCAGGCGAGUACGGGAAUUUGCACUGGCAACUCUUCCCGAGACUCGCCCUGAAACAAGCUGCUUGGAUAUCGUCAACUUUUUCCAAGAAGGAAAGUCCCACAUGGUACUGGUGUCCGAGUAUCCCGGUGAAGACCGUGGUGCCUUGGGUGUUGUUACUCUGGAAGAUGUGAUCGAGGAGCUCAUUGGCGAGGAAAUCGUUGACGAAUCGGAUGUCUUUAUUGAUGUUCACAAGGCGAUAAGGCGCAUGACGCCUGCACCCAUAAAAUCCCGGGUUCCUAAGGGCAAGAUUGUGGAAGAACCUCCUUCUUUACCCCCUCAGAAGACGGGCACUUUGGUGGAUGUAGAUGGCGAACCCCAAGUCUCCAAACCCCCUGCGAACGUUCGCCGUCGAAGCUCAGUAGAACCGCCACUUCCGCGUUUCCAGCUUCGGAUGCCACAGUCGGACAGAAAUUCAGAUUCAACAGAUGGCCUAGUAACCAAACGAGGAACCACUGACGAAAUUCGGGAGCACUUGAAGCAUCUCGGGCCUUCUAAUUUGGCCAGCCGACCUCGUCAAACCCGGUACCAGAAUGUGAAGAUCAAGCGGGCUAGCGUCUCGCCUACUCGUUCUGCGCAAACCGAUAUGGACUCUGGCCAUAGUAUGUCUGGCUCCCAGGCCUUGCAUCCUAACUCGACCGCCUUACCCGGUGGGAUCGGCGAGGGACUAGUCCAGCCGGGGUUGGAUGCAAGAGAUGGCGCAUACGCUGUUCGCGUAGGUUACGGUACCAUGAGUGGGCCUAAGCCCGCCGAUGCUGGAACCCAAACAGUGGGGAAGGAUGUCUCAAUCCCGGAAGCAGUUCACGAAGAACAAGACGAACCACCUCGUCCACCUGGUAGUGCCGCAAUCAGUGUGAAUUCCGAAAGCUCGAAUUCGCAGAAAUUCAAGCCAACCAGUUACCAGCAUCAAGGUCCUGCUCGCAGUGGCAGUAUCACGGAGCAUGUGGUUGAUGUCAACGGAAUCCGCAAAGUAGUUCUCCACACAACCAGCACCAGUUCUUCUGAUCAUGAGGGACGUACAUCACCUAAAAGCAAAUUUCCAGUUCGACAGGAUGGGGAGGUUGUCGAUUUGAAUGGUAAAAGGUCCGACGGCACUCAAGGCGAUGGGACUAAAAAACGUCGUCGUCGGCGCAAGCGUGGGCAAGCAUCGAAGCACGCGGACAAUCAUGUGGACGAGGAAUCGCCACUACUGCCACAAUGA